AUUAGUAGUUCAAUGUCGGUUUUACUUGCACGACCAUGUGUGCACACGAUCUUUCCCUUUGUUGAGAUGCUGCCGUGAAACUGUCCUUUCUUCUGUCCUGACCUCUCUCUAUCUUCUCAUGGCCUUCGCAGCAGGGCGCAUCUGCGCUCGCUGCAGCCAUCAUUAUCACCACCACCACCUUGCAUCUCCUCCGCCCGGCCGCUUAUCACCGCAAUCGCAGCAGCGUCGUUCAUUCUCCCAGUCCUGGCCCCGACCAGCCUUCACACCUCCCACCCCUGCCUCGCUCGGCAAAGCGGUGCCCGCGAAACAGUUCAAACGGACGAGGAAAUGGAUAAGACGAGUGGCGUAUCUCUCCCUCUUCGGUGCGGCGGCGUACGUGGUUGACAGGCAAUUCUACGCCUCGAGCCUGACCCGGUGUACGCGGACGUUCGUGGCGGGCUUGACCACGGCGCUGGACUACAAGAUCAACUUCCGUGAGGACCCACCAUUUGCGGACGACAUUGCAGAAGUGCACGCGCGCAAUGCGACGAGGUUGUUCCACGUGCUGCGCGCGAAUGGCGGCCUGUAUCUCAAGAUCGGACAGGCGAUAGCCAUGCAGUCCGCCAUCCUGCCGCCGGAGUUCCAGAAGAUGUUUGCCAAAAUGUUCGACGAUGCGCCGCAGAAUGACUGGGCCGAGGUGCGGCAGGUCAUCAUGGAGGAUUUCGGUGGGAAGACCCCCGAGGAGGUCUUUGGCGUCUCGUUCGAUGGAGAUCCUGAAGCUGGGGUCAUGGAGAAGAAAGCCCGUGCCAGUGCGAGUGUUGCGCAGGUUCACUGGGCGAGAUUGAAAGAUGGUCGGGAGGUUGCCAUCAAGAUCCAGAAGAAGGAGAUUGCACAGCAGGUUGGCUGGGAUCUGUGGGCGUUCAAGGUCGUCACAAAGAUCUACACCUGGUGGUUCGAUCUUCCGCUGUACACUUUGGUGCCCUACAUCACAGAGCGGCUGCUCCUGGAAUGCGAUUUCCAGGCCGAGGCAGAAAAUUCCAAGCGUAUGGCCGAGUUGGUGAAAGGUGAACCAAGGUUGCGGGACAGGGUUUACAUUCCCAAGGUCUACGACGAACUUACCACGAAGCGCGUCAUGACUGCCGAGUGGAUUGAAGGUGUCCGACUGUGGGACAAGGACGCUCUGACACGACCGUGGCAAGGUGGUUGGAGAACGGGAAGCCCGGGGUGCCACGGUACACCACUUGAUCCUCCGCAGACUCCCAUCACUUCUCUCCAACACCGAUCUCGCUCGUCGAACGAGGAACUGAAGCCAGAUCGAAGUUACUGGCGUGGCAAGGACGGCAAAGGAGGACUCGGUCUCAACCUGAAAGAAGUCAUGACGACCAUGAUCGACUUGUUCUCGGCGCAGAUGUUCCUUUGGGGCUAUGUACACUGCGAUCCUCACCCAGGCAACAUUUUUGUCCGUAGACUACCCAACGGACGCUCCGAGCUUGUCCUGAUCGACCACGGCCUGUAUAUUCAUAUGUCGCCCAAAUUUCGACACCAGUACUCCCUUUUCUGGAAGUCGUUGAUGACAUUCGACAAUCAAACGCUCAAGGAAGUGGUGAGCGAUUGGGGAGUGAACAAUGCCGAGAUCUUCGCCUCGGCGACCUUGAUGCGUCCCUACGAGGGUGGCGAUCACACCGUCUCGAAGCGCAUCAGGGGCAUGAGCGAGGCGGAGAGGAAGAAGCGCCACUACGAGAUGCAGCAGGCCAUGCGCAAGGGUAUCAAGGAAAUCCUGGGCGACGAAGAGAAAUGGCCUCGAGAGUUGAUCUUCAUUGGGCGAAAUAUGAGGAUUGUCCAGGGUAACAAUCAAUUCCUCGGCAGUCCCGUCAACCGCAUCAAGAUCACCGGAAACUGGGCAAGUCGAGCUUUGGCGGAGGACAAGAACUUGAGUUUCAGUGAACGGUGGAAGAACUUCGGAAGUCAUUUGAUCUUCAAGAUGGUUCUACUCGCAACAGACGCUUAUUUCUGGUACAGUAAGCUCAAGCAGUUUUUUGGUAGAGGGAAAGGCAUGGACGACGACAUGGAACAACAGAUGCGGAAGAUGGCAAAAGAUUAUGGGAUUGAGAUGAACCAUAAUGUUUUUGAAGGUUGAUCAUUUUUUUUACUGAAUGUUGCAUGUUGUGUCAGGUUGGCACAAUACCUGUCUACCUACCUAGGUAAGGGUUUUUUCUGCUCAUGGGUGUUGGGAUUCUGCUAGAAGCUCUAGAAGGGAUGAUGUAUAUUAGAUAUAGACUCUUGCAUGGGUGAGUACGUACAGGGACAUAUGAUAGUAGCGUCAGUUGUGGGCGAGGCUGUGCGAGCUAUAGGACACUGCCACAGUCUGCGGAAUCAAAUAUA